AUUUGCCCCUCUAUUUAAUGAAAAAGAAAAAGUACAGCCUUAUUUCUCUGACCACGCCACGUUCUAUUUCUCCUUACCCCCGAAGGAAAGUACAAAACCAUAACCCCCAAAUUUCCCAAUCGGAUUCAGAUCAAUUAGGGUUUCCAAGCAGCAAUGGCACUUGAGUGGGUAGUACUAGGCUAUGCCGCAGGCGCAGAGGCAAUCAUGGUCCUUCUCUUGACCAUCCCAGGCCUUGACGGACUGCGCAAGGGACUGCUCGCGGUGACGCGCAAUCUGCUGAAGCCGUUUAUGUCGGUGGUUCCCUUCUGCCUGUUUCUGCUGAUGGAUAUAUACUGGAAGUAUGAGACGAUGCCGACCUGCGAGGGCGAGUCCUGCUCUCCAACCGAGCACCUCCGUCACCAGAAAUCUAUCAUGAAAAGCCAGAGGAAUGCGUUGUUGAUCGGUGCUGCUCUAAUUUUCUACUGGCUUCUUUACUCGGUCACUCAUCUUGUUGUGAAGAUCGAGCAGUUGAAUCAACGCGUCGAGAGGCUCAAGAGCAAGGAAUAUGUGAAUUCUUAGUGGCAGGCAGUGGCUGGGGGCUGGAGGAGCAGAUCAGAAGAGGGAAUUGAUACCAGUUUACAACGAGAGGGGGUGGCGGUGGUGGUCUUCUUGGUGUAGAGGAGUAGAUUUUAAGUUAGCUUGGGUCUGUUAUCAGUGGGUGUCAGAGUUUUUUGGGCAAUGUGACAAUUAUCUAGCACCCUGUUUAGUGACGGGUUGUUGAAGCUGAUCUUCUAUUAUUGUGAUGUUCAUAAUCUCUCACUUGUCUUGAAAUUCAUCUCUACAAGGCCAAAA